ACGAUGUUGAGUUCUGCAAACACCCAGCACGCUCUGCGCCCGGAAGGGCCUUCGCUAACAACACCUGCUCUGCGGCGGACCAGCCAAGUGCAAGCCCAUACUUGGUUUUUGGGAUUCCGACAAGCACAUCGAACCAGAAAUGUUACAAAAUGCAAUGCCCAGUCAUUUGGCCGCGGUCAGCCGCCGAACCAGCCGCAACCGAUGUCGUUGGCGCGGAGACCCUUCUACGAUCCUAUCGAACCUAUGCAAUCUCCUUACAUAAAACUCUCGGACGUCAUGGAUAAGGAUGUCAUAUCAAGCUCCUCUGGCCGGAAACUGGGCAAGCUGGGCGAGGCCUGGGUGGACACAUCUCGUCUUGAAGUGACCUGUUUUGACCUGGAAAGCAACGGUGCUUUUGGCGUCGUGCCACUGUUGACGAUUAGGCAGGUUGGCGAUGUCGUUCUGGUCCAGGAAGACGGAGUGCUGCGACAGCCGCUGGACAGCCGGUUCGGCUUCACCAAGCUGCUGGGCUGGGAAGUCCGCACGCCGAGCAACCGGGCCCUGGGCAAGGUCCGAGACUUGACCUUCAGUCGCGACACCGGUACCAUCAGCAAGAUCGAAUUCGACGACUUUGGUCUGCGCUUCCUGCGUGCCGACUUUUUCGACCGCCUCGCUGUAUCCGCAGAUGCCAUUCGGCAAUGCGCCUACGGUGUCGUCUCCCUGGCCGCCGACAACGUGCAAUACCAGGAGAAACAGGGCCUGCUCAGCAGCCUACUUCGCCGAGUCGGUGGCGCCCAACAACUCGCCGGCUUGCUCGCGGAUGGCUCUCGUGGCGGCGAGGCUGCUGGUUUCCUGCCGCAGGGUUACUCGUACGAGCAGUGGCAGAACGAUGUACGGAUGUGGGAAGCACAGACGGGCUGUAGCUAUGAGGAAUACAUGAUGCUGCAAUCUGGGGGUCAGCAGCAGUUGCUUCCUGGGUAUGGUGGCAGUGGCGGUGCGCGGCGCAGCUCUAAUGUGUUGCCGCCGGGGCGGCCCCAGCAGCAGGCGCUACUGCCGGAGGCGCGAGGGCCGGGAUCUGGAAACUAUUACGCACUGCCGCCGGUAACAAGCAGCAGUAGCAGCGCUAAUUCCUCGUCCUACCCGAUGCAAGCACGCCCGGGGGCUCCUGCAGCAAUGUACGGCGCCACCGCAUCUAUGCCUCCUCAGCAACAGCAGGUACAACAGCAGCAGCAACAGGCGUACGGUGGGCAGCAAGCAGCCACGACAUCGUACAGUGGAGGGUACGGCAGUGGCAAUGUCGAUCCUCGCUUCCGCGGCACGGCAGCACCAGCUCCUGCUGCCGGGGGCCCUUCCCCGCCAGUCGCCGCCGCCGCCACGACCAAGCCACCAGGCGCCCAAGGCCGCUACCCGUCAUCACCAUUACCACCGCAACAACAACAACAACAACAACAACAAUGGUCUCCGCAGCCACAGCAGCAGCAGCAACCACAGCAGCCGUCGGGGCAGAGCCAGGCAUGGGGUCAGCAGCCACAACCACAGCCACAACCACAGCCACAACAGCAGCCGGGUGUUCAGCGACCCCCCUGGCCCGCCGGAGGUCCCGGAGGUCCUAGGGCCACCGCGCCAAUAGCUCCCGGGGCCCCCAACCCGGUCCCGAUGGCCGCUGCCGCUGCUCCUCCUGCUACAGGGGCAUCCCCGGCGGCGGCGGCUAUGCAACAGCCACUACCACAGCCAACCCCUCAAGUACCCCAGCAGCAGCAGCAGUACGGGGCAUGGCCGGGAACAUUGGUCGGCGCUGGCGGCAGCGGCAAUGGCAAUGGGGGGCCGUUGCGUGUGGAGGAGUGGCCAACCUCGGCGGCGGCUGGUCCUCGCGAAUCGCCCCAGGGCUACAAUCCUCAGCAGCAGCAGCAGCAGCAGCAGCCAGCGAUGUUGAACGAUUAUCCGGGCGGCUGGGGCCCUUCGCCACUUCCGCAGCAGGCAGGCCCUCAGGGUCCUAUGCCGCAGCCACAGCAGCAGCAGCAGCAGGCGGGAGUGGCGGAUGCGCCCGGCUGGGACAUGGGGCCCUCGACAGCGGCGGCGGCGCCCUCUGGCCAUAGCUACCAAAGGAGACCGGGACCGCGCCAUCGUCAACAACGAUGUCCCGAACCAUACGAUAAAAAACCCGCAGUUGAACCAAUUAUAUUGUUUCGUCGGGGGUGGGGGCCGUUGAUGGUGGAGCUCAGACUGUGCGAGGCGAAGACAUGGCUGGUGGAGGAAACUGUGCACAACACCAAGCAACACAACGUACUGCAUUGGCGUGCACAUGAACACCAAGCACACGAAAAAGCAGGAGAGGUCUUCAUGAGCCUGCCCCGUACGGCUGCACUGAUGGUCAUUUUGUGGCGCGGGCACGCCCCAUGGGGUUUGCUCCGCUUUAUGCUAUCGCCGCAACUGCUACCCCACACGCUGCCUUUCGGCGCUGCCACUGUCGUGGCGGCGUUCAACACCGUCAGCAUGGCGCCAUAA